AUGGAUGUGCACUCGGACACGGAUAAAUAUGAUGUUAUCAUCAUUGGUGCCGGCGUGUCUGGCAUCAACGCCGCCUAUCGCCUCCAGAGCCAGAUGCCCGGCUGUCGCCUCGUCGUCCUGGAAGCCCGCGCUUCCAUCGGCGGGACAUGGGACCUUUUUCGCUACCCGGGCAUCCGCUCCGACUCUGACAUUUUCAGCUUUGGCUUCGCCUGGAGUCCGUGGUACCGGACCGAGCUGCUUGCCCACGGCGGCGACAUUAAGCAAUACAUGAUUGACGCCGCCAAGAGGACCGGCAUCGACAAGUAUAUCCGCUACCACCACAAGGUCCUCUCGGCCGACUGGUUCUCCCAGGAGCAAACGUGGAAGCUCUCGGUGCAAGAGCCGGGCCAAACGUCAGCAGGGCCGCCCGUCGUAUACAGCGGCCGGUUUCUGUUCGUGGGGACGGGAUAUUACGACUACGAGCAGCCGCGUCAGACAACCAUUCCCGGUCUGGAAAACUUUGCAGGAAAAGUCAUUCACCCGCAGUUUUGGCCAGAAGACUACGACUACCGCGGCAAGGAAAUGGUCAUCAUUGGCAGCGGCGCCACCGCAGUCACCAUUGUGCCCUCGGUCGCUGACAAGGUCAAGCGCGUGACGAUGCUGCAGCGCAGCCCGACUUAUAUGCUCCCUCUCGCCAACCGCAGCAAGGUCCGCGAAUUCCUCUUUGCCACCCUGCCAGGUACCGUCGUGCACAAGAUCAACAGGGUAGUCCACAUCCUCUUUACCUAUUUGGUGACGGUGUGGUGCGCGUACUGCCCGGCGGCUGUCGCGCGCCAUCUGCGCAAACAGGCUGUCAGGUUGCUGCCCGAGGGGUAUGCGUGGGAUCCGCACUUUGCGCCGCGGUAUAAACCUUGGGACCAGCGACUGUGCGUCGUCCCCGACGGCGACAUCUUUGCCGCGAUCCGCUCGGCCAAGGCCGCCGUCGUGACGGACACGAUUCAGACAGUGACGGCAGACUCGAUUCAGCUGACUUCGGGAAGACAACUGCCCGCCGACGUCAUUGUGACGGCUACUGGUCUCCAACUCCUUUUUGCCGGCGGCAUCCAGUUUACCAUUGACGGCGCUCCCUUUGACGCGCCCUCCAAAUUCAUGUGGAACGCCGCCAUGAUUCAGGACUUGCCCAACGCCGUCAUCUCGAUUGGCUAUCUCAAGUCGGGUUCGUGGACUCUGGGGGCAGAUUGCGCGGUGCAGCUGCUGAUUCGGUUGAUCAAGGAGACGCGCAAGAGGGGCGCUGGUGUUGUCUCGGCCCGACUCGACGACACACGCGACAAGAUGGUGGCGCGGCCGUUGUUUGGACUUUUGAACUCGACAUAUAUUCAGGGUUCCGAGGCUUUGUUUCCACAGACGGGCACGGGAAUAUGGUGCAAUAGGGACAAUCCCAUCAAGGAUAUGUAUGCAGCCAGAUGGGGCAGUAUCGACACUGGCUUAUACUUUGAGUAA